AUGAAAACUUUUCCUACUAUCUAUAGAGAUACAAGAAUGUUGAUGAGAAAAAGGGUUUACGGCAACCCGAAGAUUUCGGAGGAAAAAAAGGUCAAAAUAAAGAGUAGAAUCAAAGCCUUUUCAGAUCAUCACUCAGUUUCAACUUCCAAUCCAAAAGGAAAUAGUAUAAUGUAUACAAAUAGAGAUCUCACAUCAACGUGA